AUGACGACCAACGUGCCUUGCGAUCCAGCCACCGUCUCGCACCGCCAGCUGCCCUCAGCCACGCUCGUCCCAAUCGACUUGAGGGACCAACAAGAGCGCCAGAUCCUCUACGACCAACGCAUCGUCUGUGGAUGGAACAGCGACAAGAUCCCCAAGUGGGCCGCCGCUAUUGAAGCCGGCACGAGAAGCUUCUUCUGGAUCUGCCUUGCACCCGACGCUCCAAAGGGCAUUCCCACCUUUACGCGCGACGCCGACACUUACAUGCCAGUCGGCCAUGUAUCCUUGGACAAGGUCGACAUCACCGAGCCCGAUGCCGUACCGGACACGACACUUGCCGAUCCUGACAAGGGCGUGCUCACCAUAACGAGUCUGUUCGUCCUGCCUGCCUUCCACCGAUCCGGCCUGGGUGCCUUUGCUAUCGACGAAUGCGAGCGCCUUGCCCGUGUCCCGCCCUUUGGCGCUGAGAACAUCACCGCCAUCACAAUCAACACGCUCAGCCCGCGCUAUUGCGUGGGCGGCGUUGAAGGCCCCGAUGGCUUGGGCCAGUGGGAGAAAGAAGCUGGAGAACAGAGGCCCGUCCCUCAGAACAAUAUGCUGUGGUACCAGAAAAAGGGCUACAAGAGUUACAAGGAGGCUCCGAGGUAUACAAGCGCGGGUAAGCAGGGAGAGACUCUGUGGUGGUAUGCCAUCUUCAUGAGAAAAGAAUUGCAAUAG